AUGUCUUCCUCCAACAACCCCGAACCGCAGUCAACCACCUCCUCCUACGUGGAGCAGGCGUCCAACGCCAUCAAAAACACCAUCAGCAAGGUGACUGGGGGAACCACCUCCCAAGAUGAUAAGGACAAGGACACUGUACGAAUCUCCUUCCCCCUCACCAUUCCCCAAACUAGGCCUUUCCCGAACCAAUAUCUAACAUCUCUCGGAAGCCUCAACCUCCCCCAAGCGGCCAGUACAACCAAACCGUCGGCUCUGCCAAACAAACCGUCGGCGCCGCUAUUGGCAACGACAACCUCCGCAAAGCUGGAGAGCGCCAAAAUGCAGAGGUGGGAAAACCAGGAAGUACGCCGGCAGGCGCAUGAAUGGGGCGAAGGUGCUGGGGAUCGUGUGACCGGCAAAGUGGGCGAGCUCCUCUCGGGUCCCGGGUUCGGAGGGAGUGACGAGGACAGAAUGAAGGCCGAGGAGGAGAGGAGAAAGUUUAAGCAGAUGCACGAGGAAGGAUAA